UCUCCCGCCCACCCAGGCCACUGCCACCACACCACACCACUAACGCCCGCAGCAACACGGCCAACUACGUCACACGCACGCUGUUCUCCUGUCACGUCGCGGUAAUCGUGCUGGUCGCCUCCUAAGACUCCAGCGCAUGGGCUAGAUAAGACGCUGCCAGCAUAUCCCAACACCACAGCGCAUUGCGUCCAGCCCAGGGCUGCUGCACAUCGCCCCCCGGUCCGCCCACCACUGCGCCCUCACCGCCCUCGAUUCAACGCCGCGACCGUCCAUAUAACCAACCGCGGCAGCACGCCUUGAUGCACGCCGACGGACAGCGCCUCUCGCCAGACCACCCCGCCCCCGACCGCACCAUGACCACCAACAGACCCUUUCUCGGCGGCUUCCUCGCCGCCUUCCGCGCCCAGCAGCCAUCGCUCCAAAAGGCCGCUUCGUCGCAGGCCGCCUCGGUCGCAUCCUACUCGCAGAGCGCCCAGGCACAGCAGACGCAGGGCCUCGACUCGACAGCCGCCUCGCGCACCAUCACCACCAAGACGCGCUCAUCGUCGCCCGGCGCGACCGUGUCGGUCCAAGGCGCCGGCCACUUCCAGCCCACCAGACAACAUGCCGCGCCCUACACGCGCUCCACAUCGCCCCAGGCCGCCAAAGGCUUCCCCAUACCCGGCGCAUCGCAGCGGAGCAGACGCGGCUCCGACAGCUCGUCAGAAGGCUUCCACGAGGCCAUGGGCGCGGAAAAGUGGUAUAUUGGCGGCCGGACGGCGACUGGCGAGGAGAAAUACUACAAGCUUGGCAUGGUCAAGCGGCACAAGAGCGCAGACCGUUUGAGUCUGGACAAGCUCAGCAUAUGACGUGGCCGAGCAUGCAUGGGUUUUCGGUUCAAAAGGCGCAACUGCAUCCACGGCGUUUGGGACAUUUUACGCACACUCUGUGCCGGGUUGGGUUCAAGAUUUGGGAGAGACCCAGGUACACACAUUUGGGCAAAGGGCCAGGGCUUACACUGGCCCCAUAUACACGUUUGUUUGCGCUCUUGAUGGAGCCUCGC